AGCAGCUCAGCUGAACACAUGGAAACAGAAGCUGAUGGAGAGGACUGUGGAGGACCAGAACCAGCCAGGGACUCAGAUCCAGAGAGACAUUUACCAUCAGAGACUGAGGACAACUCGGAAGACUCUUCCGAACCUGAGACUGAUGACAGUGAUUUCUGGAAGGAGUCCAGGGAACGUCCGUCAGAUAUAAACUCUAUGGAAAAUGAUCAAGUCCCUGUAAGGGAUUCCAAACAUAGUGCUCGAGGGAAACCAUUUAGCUGCUUUCAGUGUGGAAAAAGAUUUAGCUCUAAGGGAGACCUGAAGGGACACAUUAUAACUCAUACAGGAGAGAAACCAUUCAGUUGCUCUGGGUGCAAUCAAAUAUUUUUGUGUGAAGAACAGCUUAAGUUACACAUAAUAACUCAUACAAGAGAGAAUUCCUUUACUUGUGAUUUAAGUUUUGAACAAAACGUAAAUCUGACAAACCACAUUGCAGACCACACACGGGACAAACUCUUCCACUGCUCUGUUUGUAACUCCGGUUUCAGUGAUAGGGAGGCUUUAGUUCAACACAUGAGGAUCCACACGGCACUAACACAGUUUCGUUGCCCAAUUUGUAGUAAAGAAUUUGCCUGGAGAAGAUAUCUGACAAAACACAUGGAUAUCCACAAAAUCUACAGCUGCAGUGUUUGUUCCAAAAAAUUCACUCGGCGUUAUCAGCUGAAAUACCAUCAGUGUGUUGGUCGUCAGUCCUCAAAGCCUCAUCAGAGCAAAACUGAGAACAAAGUCCUUGUCAGUAAUGAUAGGUGUAAUACUGCUGAAAAACCAUAUAGCUGCUCUGAGUGUGGGAAAAUAUUUGGCCAUAAGCACCAUCUGAAGAGACACCGGAGAUCUCAUACAGGAGAGAAACCAUUUAGUUGCUCAAUCUGUAAGAAGUAUUUUGCACGUAGGGAAACUUUACAGACACACAUGAGGAUCCACUCAGGAGAGAAACCAUUCAACUGCUCAGUUUGUGAUAAAACAUUUCUGCGCAAGGCACAUCUGAAAAGACACAUGGGAACUCAUACAGGGGAGAAACCUAUCAGCUGCUGAAUGUCUGGGAACAAAUAUAUAGAGGCAGUAAGUCCUACACAUUAUAGGAAUUAUGCAGAAACACACUGAAAUCCAAACAUAAGAACAUAUUUAUUCAAAUUGAAAUUAAAGUUUAAUUUAAGAAACACAAGUAGGCUGGUUAUUCUACAUUAUUUUCUCAUUCUCCGGCACAUUACUCAUUGUAUACCAUGUAUACAUUUAUUAAAAGUCUUAUAUAUAUAUAUGUAUAUUUUUUUUAUUUCCCUUUCACAGCGCUAUUGUUUGGACUGAAUUAUUGUCUCUGUUGUUAAGCUAAUUGUUUUACCACCUUGCUAUUAAGUAUGUUUAAAGUAAUGUAGUUGUGUAAUUGUGUACAUCCUCGUUUCUUGUUUAACAUGGCCCACAGAUUAUCCAUCCUCUCCAUAUAUCAGAGUGAUUCUUCAUGUUCAGCAAAAAAAUCAGUUUCCUUGUUUAGAUAAGCACAAACUUUGUAUAUGGAGGGGAAUAUUUUGUGUUCACAGAUUUUUCUCAGUUGUAUUUAUAAACAUAUGAAUAAAUAUUGUAACAACUGC